AUGCCAUGUGAGGGUUGUGGACUGUCGGAGGCCGCGAUGCAGUGCCCGACGUGCAAGAAGUUGGACCUUCCGCCUAGUUAUUUCUGCACGCAGACUUGUUUCAAGGACCACUGGGCCGAUCACAAGCCGAAGCACACUCAGUCGGUGCUACCUACGAUUCCCACCAUGACGGAGGCGGCGUUGAAUGCGUUCAACUUUACAGGGAGUUUGCGUCCUGGCAGAAUAACACCACGUCGUGCGGUGCCCUCUCACAUUUCUCGGCCCGAUUACGCGGAUCGCAGGGACGGCGUCUCCCCCGCGGAGGAAAAAGAAAGAGGUUCGAAGGUGAAGGUGUACAAUCUUCAAAGUCUGCACGACGAAACUAGAGAGACGACGGAGAUUCAGCGGGUAAAAACGGUGUGUCGUCUCUCACGCGAAGUGCUUGAUAUUGCCACAGCGGCUGUGCGUCCGGGCGUGGCGACAGACGAGAUUGAUCGUAUUGUUCAUGAGGCCACUAUUGAGCGGAACAUGUACCCCUCCCCGCUAAAUUACUAUAACUUUCCCAAGUCCGUGUGCACCUCUAUCAAUGAGGUGAUCUGUCACGGCAUCCCUGAUUCGCGGGAGCUGCAGGAGGGCGAUAUCGUGAACAUUGACGUCUCAAGUUUCCUUAACGGGUUUCACGGGGAUUUGAAUGAAACUGUCUUUGUGGGUAAACCAGACUCCGAUAGUGUGCGCCUCGUUCAUUGCACAUAUGAAUGCUUGUGUGCUGGCAUUGGCGUGGUGAAGCCGGAGGCACUGUAUAAACACGUGGGCGAUGCUAUUGAAGCCCGUGCUGUUCAGUAUGGAUGCUCCGUAGUACGCACAUACACAGGUCACGGUGUUGGGCAUCUAUUUCAUACAGCUCCUACAAUAUGCCACUAUGCAAAUAACAAGAGCCUUGGAAUGAUGCGUCCUGGUCAUGUUUUUACCAUUGAGCCUAUGAUUAAUUUGGGCACUUGGCAGGAUGUGACAUGGCCAGACAACUGGACAAGUGCUACACGAGACGGAAAGCGCAGUGCACAGUUUGAGCAUACGAUGGUUGUCACCUACGACGGCGUAGAGCUCCUUACCGACUGGACUGAUGGUAUUCCCACGUACCAGAAACAACUCGAGGGGUGGAAUAUACCCCUUCCAUUCCCCAGCCAUGUUGUAGCGAAGUCAACAUGA